AUGAGUGGAGAUUUCAAAACCAAUUUCGCGGCCGACUUCCUCAUGGGAGGUGUCUCAGCGGCCAUUUCAAAAACAGUAGUUGCGCCAAUCGAGAGAGUAAAAAUGCUUAUCCAGACUCAGGAUUCGAUACCAGAAAUCAAAUCAGGACAAGUGGAAAGAUAUUCAGGAUUAAUCAACUGCUUUAAGAGAGUGUCGCAAGAGCAGGGUGUCAUGUCCUUCUGGAGAGGAAACACAGCUAACAUUAUUCGUUACUUCCCAACCCAAGCUUUCAAUUUUGCCUUCAAAGAUUAUUUUAAAAAUGUUUUUCCCAAAUAUGACAAGAACGCAGAUUUUACGAAAUUUUUCUGUGUCAACAUUUUAUCCGGAGCAACAGCAGGUGCUAUUUCUCUCUUAAUUGUAUACCCUCUAGAUUUCGCAAGAACAAGAUUGGCAUCGGAUAUCGGUAAAGGGAAGGACAGACAAUUCACGGGAUUAUUUGAUUGCUUAACAAAAAUAUAUAAACAAACCGGUUUGUUGUCUCUGUACAGUGGUUUCGGCGUUUCGGUCACAGGUAUCAUUGUCUAUCGAGGUUCCUAUUUUGGACUAUACGACAGUGCCAAAGCUCUCCUAUUUAAUAACGAUAAAAAUACUAAUAUUAUCUUAAAAUGGGCAGUUGCACAAUCUGUCACCAUACUAGCUGGACUCAUUUCCUACCCCUUCGAUACUGUCAGAAGGAGAAUGAUGAUGAUGUCUGGAAGGAAGGCAAAGGAAGAAAUUCAAUACAAAAGUACCCUCGACUGUUGGUAUAAAAUAAUUAAGAAUGAGGGAUUUGCUGGAUUCUUUAAAGGCGCUUGGGCUAAUGUUAUUAGAGGAGCGGGAGGCGCUCUUGUGCUCGUUUUUUACGAUGAAUUACAGAAGUUGAUGUAA